GGAGAACCCCGGGCGCAGCAUCCGGCCAGCCGGGGGGCACUGCCUGCCCGGGCGCUGGAUCCACACCCAAGUCCUCUGAUCACCCUGGAGACCCAGGAUGGCUACUUCUCCCACCGACCGAAAGAGAAAGUGCGAACAGAUAGCAACAACGAGAACUCGGUCCCCAAAGACUUUGAGAACGUUGACAACAGCAACUUCGCACCCAGGACUCAGAAGCAGAAACACCAGCCUGAGCUGGCGAAGAAACCCCCGCACAGACAGAAGGAGCUUUUGAAGAGGAAGCUGGAACAGCAGGAGAAGGGCAAAGGACACAGCUUCCUGGGGAAAGGCGCCAACCAGGUGCUGCCUCCCGGCGAGAGAGCCGAAGCCAACAGCAGCCGCUGGAAAGAGGCCCCGAGACAGCCCCACGCCAGGAAAAGUGGGGGCAGCUCCCCAGAGACCAAGUACGACCAGCCUCCCAAGUGCGAGAUCUCAGGCAAGGAGGCCAUCUCUGCCCUGUCCCGCUCCAAGUCCAAGCACUGCCGCCAGGAGAUUGGGGAGACCUACUGCCGCCACAAACUCGGGCUGCUGAUGCCAGAGAAGGUGACCCGGUUCUGCCCACUGGAGGGCAAAGCCAACAAGAACGUUCAGUGGGACGAAGACUCAGUGGAGUUCAUGCCAGCCAACCCUGUCAGAAUUGCCUUCGUCCUGGUGGUCCACGGCCGCGCCUCUCGGCAGCUGCAGCGCAUGUUCAAGGCCGUCUACCACAAAGACCACUUCUACUACAUCCAUGUAGACAAGCGCUCUAAUUACCUGCAUCGGCAAGUGCUCCAGUUCGCCAGGCAAUACAGCAACGUCCGUGUCACACCCUGGAGGAUGGCCACCAUCUGGGGCGGAGCCAGCCUCCUGUCCACCUACCUGCAGAGCAUGCGGGACCUCCUGGAGAUGACUGACUGGCCCUGGGACUUCUUCAUCAACCUGAGUGCAGCCGACUAUCCCAUCAGGACGAAUGACCAGCUGGUGGCAUUUCUCUCACGGUACCGAGAUAUGAAUUUCUUGAAGUCACAUGGCCGGGACAAUGCCAGGUUCAUCCGGAAACAAGGCCUGGACCGGCUCUUCCUGGAGUGUGAUGCACACAUGUGGCGCCUGGGAGACCGACGAAUCCCAGAGGGCAUUGCAGUAGAUGGCGGCUCGGAUUGGUUCCUGUUGAACCGGAAGUUUGUGGAGUACGUGACAUUCUCCACAGAUGACCUGGUGACCAAGAUGAAACAGUUCUACUCCUACACCCUGCUUCCUGCUGAGUCCUUCUUCCACACGGUCCUGGAGAACAGCCCCCACUGCCACACCAUGGUGGACAACAACCUGCGGAUCACCAACUGGAACCGCAAGCUGGGCUGCAAGUGCCAGUACAAGCACAUCGUGGACUGGUGCGGCUGCUCCCCCAACGACUUCAAGCCGCAGGACUUCCAUCGCUUCCAGCAGACAGCCCGGCCCACCUUCUUCGCCCGCAAGUUUGAAGCUGUGGUGAAUCAGGAGAUCAUUGGGCAGCUGGAUUAUUACCUGUACGGGAACUACCCAGCAGGCACCCCCGGCCUCCGCUCCUACUGGGAGAACGUCUAUGAUGAGCCUGAUGGCAUCCACAGCCUGAGCGAUGUCACACUCACCCUGUACCACUCCUUCUCCCGUCUGGGCCUCCGCCGGGCCGAGACAUCGCUGCACACCGACGGGGAGAACAGCUGCAGGUACUACCCAAUGGGCCACCCAGCCUCUGUCCACCUCUAUUUCCUUGCUGACCGCUUCCAGGGCUUUCUGAUCAAACAUCAUGCCACCAAUCUGGCCGUGAGCAAACUCGAGACCCUGGAGACAUGGGUGAUGCCAAAGAAAGUCUUCAAGAUCGCAAGCCCACCCAGCGACUUUGGGAGGCUUCAGUUUUCCGAGGUCGGCACUGACUGGGAUGCCAAGGAACGGCUCUUCCGCAACUUUGGGGGCCUCCUGGGGCCUAUGGAUGAGCCAGUAGGCAUGCAGAAAUGGGGUAAGGGGCCCAAUGUGACUGUGACUGUCAUUUGGGUGGAUCCCAUCAACGUCAUCGCAGCCACCUACGACAUCCUGAUUGAGUCCACUGCUGAAUUCACCCACUACAAGCCCCCUUUGAACUUGCCCUUAAGGCCUGGAGUCUGGACAGUGAAAAUUCUUCAUCACUGGGUGCCAGUUGCAGAGACCAAAUUCCUUGUUGCACCUCUGACCUUCUCGAACAGACAGCCCAUCAAACCGGAGGAGGCAUCGAAGCUGCACAACGGGCCCCAUCGCAGCGCCUACAUGGAGCAGAGCUUCCAGAGCCUGAACCCUGUCUUAAGUCUGCCCAUCAGCCCCGCCCAGGUGGAGCAGGCUCGGAGGAACGCGGCCUCCACAGGCACAGCACUCGAGGGCUGGCUGGACUCACUGGUGGGCGGGAUGUGGACUGCCAUGGACAUCUGUACAACAGGCCCCACUGCCUGCCCGGUCAUGCAGACCUGCAGCCAGACGGCCUGGAGCUCCUUCAGCCCUGACCCCAAGUCAGAGCUGGGAGCAGUCAAACCCGAUGGCCGGCUCAGGUAGCACUGGGCACCUGCGGGCCACAGCAGGAUCUUCAUGGCAAAGCAGCCAGAGGGGCCAGUGGGACCUGAACCCUACCCUCCCACCCCAGGGGCCCAUUCUGUGCAGGGGGCUCUCCUGGCUGUAGAGUGGUGAGGGAAAGUUUGGAGAUCAAAGCAGGGUUGGCCAACGACCUGCAUAGGUCAGCCAACUUCCGGGGGCAGGAUAAGCUCAGACCCAGUGCCAUGGUGGUCUCACCUCCUCUGGUUGAGCCUCAAGUCCUACAGGUUCCUUGUCUUCCCCCUCCAAUAACCUGACCCUCCUCCCACACACAAGUGAUUUUCAAAUUCUUAUUUUGAGCAGCAGAACUUUGUUUACUGAGCGCAGGAUGGGUAGAAGUGUAAGGUGCAAAUGCAGUCCAGGCUGCUCCGGCCGAUGCUGAGGAGUGAGAUUCCCUCUGGAAGCUCAGCCCACUGGCGGUCCCUUUGCCCAGCAUCUCCUAAGGUACCUCUUCAGAACCCAAGGGCUCCGCAAAACCAGUUUGACAAGCACUGCCCAGACAGGGGGUUUGAACUCCAGCCCUGCCCUCUAGCCCAUCUUUCUGCUCCUCUUAGCUGGGAAACUCCGGGGCCUGCCCUGAAGUGGGGAGCCACUGAAAAUCCCAGUUGUGGACCUGGGCUACCAGGGAAGGCUCUGCACCCCCUGCCAGCCCUUCUCGGGUUGCAUGAUUCUCCAUAGUAACCAGAUGAGUGGGAAGGCUUUUUGGUGUGACAUGGCCAAGGUCCACCCUGAAAUGUGACUGCCACCUGCCCAGUGGUCCAGAUCGCUCUCCCUCAAGGCUGCUACACAAACUAGCAGAAAUGCGAUGAUGCUCAUGUGCAGAGCCUCGAGUGUCCUGGCCACGCAUAGGAGACCAAGACCAUGACCUGUUGGGUCCUUGGAAAUGGGAGCUUUGGGGACCAUGGCCAUGAAACUCACUCAAGAGUGCUUAGAGCUAAACUCCCAAGCUGGACAGCACAGCAAUACCCACAGCUGCCAGAGCUCUUCUGCUCUGAGGCCAGCCAUGCAGGGCCCAUGUGAACUGCACACUCUGUGCUGUUGGGAGUGACCAGACUACAUGGACGGACCUGUCACCUCUGAGAAUGAGCAUUUCAGAUUUGCUUUCUGAUGGCACACCUUUCCUUGUGUGAGGGGCCCGCAGGUCAGUUGGGGCAUGCCGCAUGGCGGUGGGAACGUUGACUUUAGAAAGUGGGAAAGUUGUGUUUUUUAAAAAACAUUUUUUAAAAAUAGUAUUAUAUAAAUUGCUGGAGUUACCAGAAACCUAGUGGGUUUCCUUGCCAUGUGUCCCCUGGAGGGUCACCCCUGCUGAUCCAGAGAGCCCCUUCCUGCAGGCGCCUCUUCCUUCUCUAAUCCCACCUCCCUACCCCUGAACAACAGGGUCCCCUUGGAAAAGUCACCUCCCUGGUGGCCAGCUGUCCUUCACCCAAACAGCCAGUCUUCGUGUUCCCCCAGUGUGGGUUGGAAGGGUCCGCAGUGGCUAUGGGUGCCCCGUCAGCUGUGCUGCCCCUCCCUCGCCCAGCAAGGCAGGAUGUCCUGUUGGCAACGGAGGACAUAGAGAAGGGACACUUUAGAUAUUUAUUAUUUAUAUGUUUUAGUCCAUGACUAAUUAGUAGGUGCUGUUUUUGCAGCUUGUCAAUUAUGUUAUCUUACUAACUGAAGCUGCCUUUAUUCACAAAAGGCCCCCCGCCCCUCCUUUCUCACCCCUACUGUCUCUGUCUCUCCCUUGGUUUCUGUCUCUGUGUCUGCCCUACAUUCUUCUUGUCCUCAGAGUAAAGCAGUGAUAUCGGGCACCUGGAGGAGGGUGUUGGCCAGCAUCAUCGCCCACAGACUGGGGGUGAGUGCCUGGGUGUGUGUCGCAGCCUCAGCUUGCCUUCUGCAGAGCGCCAGCCUCAUCGGUCCCUGCAGUUAUGGACCUUUCGGAAUUCCUGAGCCUCCUGCCCAGGCACAGGGAUGUGACAAGCUGAAGACUUAGGGGUGGGGGUGCUGACUGCAGAGAGCUGGGCCACGUGUGCUUUCUCCAUCAAUGACAUUCCAUAGCCGAUCUAACCAUGUGACCAUGACAGAGGGAAGCGGGCUCCUUCUGAGGGACAUCCAUCUUAGGAAAUGGGUGGUCAGACCCAGGCAGGAAACCCCAGGAGAGAGCUACUGUCAGAGUGGCUUUCUCAGAAAACCCAUCUGCUCUCUCAGCAGCUUUACAGGCUCUGGAGCCACAUCCUCGUCCUGCCCCAACCUCUGGUACCCCAGGGCUGUCGAGGCAGCCUGCAGAACCUUCCCACUUCCCCCCUUACCAGGCCACCAAGGUUCAUGGUCUCUGCAGUGUUACCAGCAGUGGCUUUGGGAGCUCAGCACUGGCGGGUCCCCAUGUACAUGGAGAGGUCUGCCAACUCCAAGACAGGGCCCUCCUGCACCUGCUGACAGGUCCGACUUUGUUCCAUCUGGGAACAGGUGAAGAAAGGGCAGAGCUGGCCCUCUCUGGGGACAACUCGCCUCCCCUCCAGGGCUUCACCCUGCCUAAUUCCGGGAGCUGAGAAAUCACAUGGUAUAUUCACCUGUCUCUUCUGGUUUGGGAUCAGAAUAGCUUUGCAGAUGUUACAGUCAGUAAAGGAGAAUUGUAAACAAAGCCCAGCAUGAUUUGAGAAAAGGUGAUGUUUUCCCAGGGAAAAUGGCAUGGCUUUUUUCUUUUUUAAUCUGAGAAUGAUUUAUUCUUUGGAGGUCAUUGGGCAGGCAGCCCUGAGCUGUGGCUGCCCGCAGAUUUCAAAAGCACGAGCCUUGCUCAGCAAACCCUGCUGCAGUCUGUAGAGGCACAACAGUGGGUCGAGCUCAGUCGGUCCCUGGAAACUCAGGAAGGCUUUACGGUGUGGCCAGGCUGUGGGUUGUGGGGAGAAAGAAGCCCUCGGUAGGCUGCAGCACUCAGGGUUUCUACCCACCCAUGACGUUCAGGCAGAAACUGUGCUCAGGGGGCAGCCCACCUUCCCAAGGCCACUUUCCAGGCCAUGCAGCAUGUCCCUAAGACGUACGUGCGCAAUUCCUGAAGUCCCCUUCUUCUAAGAAGUGCACUUGUUCCUCUUGUGGAAAAAGUCCUCUCUGGUGGGAUGAGGAGUCAUUCUGACUGUGUUUCUCACUGUUGGUUUCACUUUGAAAAUGGACAUAGAGUUUAGAGAGGAUGAGCCAGACCAAACUGCCCUCCCACCUCACAGGACCACGGGCUGCUACUCUGGGUGCAGGCCGGAUGUGCGAAGACCACGCCUCCUUCUGGUACUCUAGUUUGCAGAUGCAAGGAGGACACUGGCUGGAACCUGGGCCUCUCUGCCAAGGAGGUGCAGAGCGGGAGGGCAGGAGGGAGCACAAGCCGAGACCCUCUGCACAGCCGAACCCCCAGCAGCGUGCUGGAGUGGUCUGCUAGAAAUAGCUGUCAGCAUGCUCAGCGUUAGAGACAGCAGGAAGAUCGGCCAGAUCUAGGGAUCACAAGUCCUUGUGGGAUCCAGCACACUGACAUAGACUGAAUGAAGCAAUCGGUGUAAGACACACGGGAGCGGUAGAGACUGGUCUGACUGGCAUGCACGUGCUCCAUCCAGAAAGAGCGACCACCACGCAGCUCCAGCCUGUCAUUCCGUGUAGCCAGGCCACCACGGUAUAGUGGAAUCUUCCCAUGGGUAGGAAAAAACAGAAAUCGUGAAUUUUUAUAGAAAGAUUUGAUUUCUACAUUUAAAAAAAAAAAAAAGAAAAAUACAGUGUAGACAAGGAGAAAUUCCACAGUUCCAUGUGUGCAUGGCCAGCAGCUUGCGCUCUCUGGAGAGGCAGUUUAAAAUGAGGUUAGGCGUUGCCUGGUGAAGGAGGAAAAUACCAGAAUGGGAAAGGGCAGAGAUACGCUAGUAGCUCACACUGAACUCUCAACGGAAUGGGACCCCACGAGCCAUCCUCCCAGCAAGAGCAUCCCUCCAAGGAGGGCUGGCUUGUUCAGCUCUCCUGGUCCCAAGACGGUUGUGCUGAGGGAAAGGAACAGCAUUUGGAGGUGUGGACAUGGGGAGGUUCAGAUCUGCCAGGGUUCACUCCUGGGCUCCAUCUGGCCAGGCAGACCUGGCUAGGACAAGGGUCCAGGAUGAUGCGGGAGGUGUGUGGGACAGCGGGCUUCUCCAGAUCCCAGGACCAGGAAGUCCCCUGGCUUCAGCUCUGGAAGCCUCUUUGGAAACCACGCGCAGCUGUGCUUGCUCACGGGAUGCCCUCUGCUUCUGCCUCAGUUGUCUUACUUUGUCCAUGGGCCAACCUCAGGCGCUACCUCAUUGUGUCUGCUGAGAAGUUUACCUGGGGGGAAUAAAGGUGUCCACCUCUGCUCGAGCUGAAUGUACGAUCUAUGCAAAUUCUGUUUCUCUCCCCACUCUGUCUCCCCUCCCCUCUUUCUUCCCCCCCUGCCUAUCUCUCCUUGUCUCUCUGUGUCUCUCUCUAACUUAGAAGUAUUUUUUUUUUAACCUUGGAAACAAGAUACUGUAUAGGACCCUCUUAAGACUGAGGAGGGCUUUCGCACGCCACCUGUGUCUGCGCCUCCUGUUGUCUCUGGUUCUGUUCUUGCCAAGCCCUGUGCAGGGAGAAAGAGGCCUCUCUUCCCUCUCCACCUGGCUAGGAAGACUCCCCCCGUCUCUGCCUCCACACGCCACUGCCACCGCCACCGCCACCACAAAGCAGGUUCCACACCUUGCCACUCCACUCCUAACGCUGUCUCCCCUCUCUCCUCAUUUGCCUCUGAUGUGCUCCUCCAUCCCCCCUCCUUUACAAAGCCUUAGGUUUCUCCUUUUGGAAAUGUGGCCUUAUCGUUAUUUUGGGAAAGCUGACUGCCCGCUCCCUCGUGGUUUCACCAACAUCACGACCAAGCUGAAGCUUCUGCGGCGCCUUCCGGCCCAGCGCUGCCGCUCUGCGCGGGGCGGAUGGCUGGAAAUGGCUCACAAAUGUGGUCUUUAAGAAGAAUGGUCUUCUAUUUGUCCUGUGGGCAAAAUGAAGGCUUGGAUGCUCGCGUAAACCUCCCCUCGCUCCUGAAGCACUCUGUGAGCAUUUUGCUGCUCUGGCGGGCGGCCGGGCUUAAUUACCGAGUGCUCACAGCGACCCUUCCCCCAGGACUGGGUGACUAUGUACUUCCUUCAAGGGAGAGUCCGGAGAGUUUCUCAAUGUCUCUCUUCCUCCUUCCUGCCUGGAAAGCGAUAGCAUUAAAUACUCCCAGCGGAGGGGUAAUGUUCUCUUAGGGGUCUCCCUCUCCCUACCUUCAGACCCUACCCUUUACCCUUCCAUCGCCCCAGUGCUGAUGGAGGCCAAAGACAACCCCAGGGUUUUCAUAGGAAAUUCACUGGAAUUGAGCGCAAUUGUCUUUGUGGUCCUUUAUUCUUUUUUUUUUUUUUUUUUUUUAAAUAUUAUGUUGUCAGUAGCCUUUGGGUAUUUGUUUUAGAGGCCUCACAGUAAGUUAUUACGUCCCCUCAUUGUUUUCAAAGACGUGGUGAUAUAGUUUUUAAAAAUAACUAUUUUGUUAUAGAUCAUAAUAUGCAUAAAACUGUACAGAAAUAUUUUGUAAUGUAUUGAUUUUAAAAAAAGAAUCUGUAAAUAAAGUUUUAAAGAGAGAGAAUUCAAACGGCACACACUGAAAGAUGUAGAUAUUUUGCUAUUUAUUUAAAGGAGUAUUUUAAGAGAUAUUGAACUAUCUGAAAUUGACCAAUAAUCAAAAUUUCGAUCAUCCGAAUGCUUUUUUCUCAAGGUAGAAUGUGACUCAGAUAUGAUUGCAUUACCUACCCCCCCCCUUUUUUGCACCUUUUCUGUCUUUUCUUUUAGCAGAAAAACAACAACGACAACAAAAUUGUGCCUUAGCUGUAUUCCUUUGUCUAGGGGAGUUUGUUUCUGUCUGACAAAGCAAAAUUUUUUGCAGAAAACAGUGGAUGUAUUAAAUACUGUAUCAUACCAAAAACACUGCAGGUGUAUAUAGAUGCUUUCUGUCAUACUGUGUUUUCAGAUGCAGAAUUUUAAAAUUAAAAAAAAAAAUACUGUCUUUAUGGAA